AUGCCGCUCGCAUACUCCUUGCCGACGGAUUUGUCGCCGGCGACGGUCGUGAACGCGUCCUCGCUGUUGCGUAUUGUGGCUCUGGCUCUUAUUUCCGGGGCAGCCAUCGCGUCACGUCUCUUCGCGGUCAUCAACUUCGAGAGUGUCAUCCAUGAAUUCGACCCGUGGUUCAACUAUCGCGCAACCCGGGUCUUAGCUUCGGAGGGCUUCUAUGAAUUUUGGAACUGGUUCGAUCCCACAGCAUGGUACCCGCUGGGACGUGUUGUUGGAGGGACCAUCUACCCUGGGUUGAUGGCUACCAGCGGAGUCAUCUACAGCAUACUGCAUGGACUCAACCUGCCUGUCGACAUUCGCAACAUAUGUGUCAUGCUUGCCCCUGGGUUCAGUGCUCUCACGGCAUGGUCCACAUACAUGUUUACGAAGGAGAUGAAGGACGAGAGCGCCGGCCUUCUCGCCGCUGCAUUCAUCGGAAUUGUUCCGGGUUACAUUUCUCGUUCCGUGGCGGGUUCAUAUGACAAUGAGGCCAUUGCCAUAUUCCUACUCAUGUUCACGUUCUUCCUCUGGAUCAAGGCGCUCAAGACGGGCAGUGCCUUCUUCGGCACCCUCGCUGCUCUGUUCUACUUCUACAUGGUAGCCGCCUGGGGUGGAUACGCGUUCAUUACGAACAUGAUCCCGCUGCAUGCGUUCACGUUGAUACUCAUGGGGCGCUUCAGCAGCCGCCUGUAUGUGGCGUAUUCAUCGUGGUACGCCAUUGGCACCCUUGCCAGCAUGCAGGUUCCAUUCGUCGGAUUCCAGCCCGUGCGCACCAGCGAGCAUAUGGCGGCGUUGGGUGUCUUUGGCCUUUUACAGAUCAUCGCCUUUGCGGAGCUUGUCCGUGCGCAUGUCUCGUCAAAACAAUUCCAGAGACUGCUCUACGCAUCCGUCAUCGGAAUGGGUAUUCUAGGAGGUCUCGCGAUCGUCGGCCUGACGUACAAAGGUUGGAUUGCACCGUGGACGGGACGUUUCUAUUCCCUUUGGGAUACAGGCUAUGCGAAAAAGUAUAUCCCGAUCAUCGCCUCGGUCUCGGAACAUCAGCCGACAGCAUGGCCAUCGUUCUUCAUGGACCUGCAGCUCCUCAUUUUCGUCUUCCCCGCAGGCGUCAUCUUGUGCUUCCGUGAGUUGCGGGACGAGCACGUCUUCGUCAUCAUCUACGCUGUGGUGGCUAGCUACUUCGCUGGCGUCAUGGUGCGGCUCAUGCUGACCCUUACGCCUUGCGUGUGUGUCUGUGCCGCUGUGGCGUUUUCCUCCGUGUUGGACACGUACAUCAAUCCUGUGGAGCCAGACGCCGUUGAAGAGGAGGCAGAGACAGCUGGAGACGGCGCCGUGAGCGCGAGUUCGACUGCUGUUUCUACAAGCUCCGGGUCCGCGACGAAGAAAGGCAAGAAAGCUGCACCAGCGGCACAGCCCGGUCCGCUUGGCGGCCUCGUCUCUACGGUCAGCGCCGUCGUGUCUACCAAGAAAGGCGAAAAAUCUCGAGGCAUUUUCGGCGGCGAUACCCGCCUCGCCGUACUCCUCAACGCGCUCGGCAUGCUCCUGUUCUUCGUGCUUCACUGCACGUACGUGACGUCCUCGGCGUACUCGUCCCCUUCGGUCGUGCUUGCGUCGACGAACCCUGACGGCAGCCAGCACAUCAUCGAUGACUUCAGGGAGGCAUACUACUGGCUUAGGCAGAACACGCCGGAGACCGCUGUCGUCAUGAGCUGGUGGGACUACGGAUAUCAGAUCGCGGGUAUGGCAGACAGGCCGACCCUGGUCGACAAUAACACCUGGAACAACACCCACAUCGCGACCGUGGGUAAGGCCAUGUCCAGCAGUGAGGAGGUGGCCUACCCGAUCCUCCGUAAGCACGACGUCGACUACGUUCUCGUCAUCUUCGGUGGCCUACUCGGUUACUCUGGUGACGACAUCAACAAGUUCUUGUGGAUGGUCCGCAUUGCUCAGGGCGUGUGGCCAGACGAGAUCCAGGAGCCCAAUUAUUUCACGGCGAAGGGUGAGUACAAAGUUGAUGACGGGGCGUCGAACACCAUGAAGAACAGCCUGAUGUACAAAAUGUCCUACUACCGUUUUGCUGAGCUCUUCGGUGGCAAUCAAGCGGUGGACCGCGUCCGGGGGCAGCAGAUGCCUAAGAUAGGCCCGACGCUAGACUACCUUGACGAGGCCUUCACCUCGGAGAACUGGAUCGUCCGUAUUUACCAGGUCAAGAAGGAAGAUCCGCUGGGUCGUGACCUCAGGACUGCCAACGCGUUCGAGCAGGGCAAAAGGCGUAAGCGGUCGAAGCCUGUGGCUAGGCGACGGGCCAUUGUAUAG